AUGCAUGUGAUUCCAAUCGCCUCACCCCCCUCGCACCUCCUCCCACCCUUCCUCUCCCCAACGAACCGCCCUCAGCUAGGUCCUCGCUUCGCCGCUGAUCGCACCUACUCUCUCCGCUUUCUGAAGCAGGUUAUAGCGGAGGCAGAGAGGGGGGUGCGAGGGGAGGUGUGGGAGGAGCUCUACCCGCUCUAUGUGGACGCGCUGGGCGCUGGGGGAGGAAGGGGGGAGGGCGGGGAGGGCGAGGAGGGCGAGGAGGCGGAGGAAGGGGAGGAGGCGGGUGCUGCUGUAGCUUCGCUCUUCCUCGCAGAGGCUCUCCUCUCGCACCCAUCUCUCCUCCUCCCCGCCCCCCACCGCCAAUCCACCCCGCCCCUUGCUCCUAUCCCCAAGCCUUUGGAGCCAGCUCAAGGCAAUUUUACUGCCCCUGUGGCCGGCGCUAAAGCCAUGAUUGCUGCCCGAGAGGGAGCCUGUAAGAGCCUUCUCAGCGGGCCGGUGUGCCUGGAGCUGGGGGCGGGCUGUGGGCUGCUCGGGCUGUGCCUCGCGCCCUUCCCACUGGCGAAGGUGGGUGCUCGUCCGGGAGAGGAUGGGGGGAACGUGAGCAGGGCAGCAUGCAUCGGGUGGUGUGUGAGGCUCAUCCUCACAGACGCCAGCACUGCCUCGCUCUCCAAUCUCUGCUUUAACCACUCCCCCUGUUUUGCUGCUUUCUCUUGCCCUUCUCCCACCCAUCUCCCCCCCUCUUAUCUACUCCAGCUCAUCCUCACAGACGCCAGCACUGCUUCCCUCGCCAACCUCUGCACCAACCUCGCCACCAACGCGCUGCCCUUCUCCUCGGGCCCAGGGAUUCCCCUCCUCCGCCCCUCACGCCCUCAUGGAAGCACGCGCACGGCACGCCCAAGUCAAGGCGCCCAGCAAUGUGCGAACGGGGAGGUGCAGUGCGGUGGGAGAGAGGAGGUGUGCGAGGGUACAUGGUCAGAAGGGGCUGCAGGGAUGCAAGGGUGGGAGGGCGUGGGGGGGGAAGGGUGUGCAGGAGGGGAGGGAGGUGCAAGGGUGCAUGUGCAGCAGCUGUGUUGGGAAGAGGUCACACCCGCGCUUGCAUCAUCCCUCUCUGCUGACGUCAUCAUCGGUGCUGACAUCGUGUAUGACCCCUCCGUGGUCCCCGCCCUCGCUGACGCGCUGGCAGCCCUGCUGUCCACGUCAGCGCACAGCGCACGCACGGAACAUGCCACCUGGCAAGAUCAACACCCACCUCCGACGGCCCAAGCUGCUACCACACAGCAUGCGGGCAUGAGUGACCAUCCCGCCUCAGCCGUACCCAUCUCUCUUCCUCCAGCCCCCUAUGCGCUCAUAGCCUCCACUCAUCGCAACCCCCUCACCAUGGCAUGCUUCCUGCAGGCCCUUCACGACCGGGGGCUGCAGGUGAGGGAUGUUGCUGGGGAGCUCGUGCCGCACUCGCGCUCUCGCCCUCAGUCGCGGUGGUUCCAUUGCUUGGAGCUUCCGGAAGCAGAUCGCAUGAUGCUGCACCUGAUUCAUAUACACGUGGCAGCCUUCCAGGAUGACGCGUGUAAAGCAUUCUACGAGCCGGUACGCUGCAAGAAGGCGGACAAGGAGAGCAAGGGCUUUAAAGACGCGAAGCGGUCGCUGAAGGCGAAAGCGGCGGCGUUGGAGUCGCAGUUCGUCGCCUUGGCCGAAGCCGUCGACUCGGACGAGCAGCAGACCGGCGUUGCGACGGCGGCCUCGGUUGACGCGGACUUCGUGGCGACGGUGCUUCGCGAGCUGAAGGAGAUCAAGGCGGAGCUCAAGUCGCUGAAGCAGAUGCAGAAGAAGAUGAUGGAAUCCUCCUCCUCUUCCUCUUCCUCAUCAUCAUCCUCCUCCAGCAGCGAUGGCGGCAUGGGGGGAAUGAAGGCCAGGCGCAUGGAGCGCCGCAAAGCACGCCAGCAGGGCGCCAUGGGGAUGAUGGGAACUGGGGGGGGCGCGGGGGCCUCCGUCGCCACCGGCGCCGCUGCUGCCGGUGCGGCUGUCAUCACUGCUCCUGUUGCCGCCGCCGCAGCUCCACCCGCCGCUUCCCCCGCUUUGUCAUCCGUGCAGUCGGUGAUAGCUGCAUCGUCCGGCCCCACCGCUCCUGCCAAUCCAGUGGCGUCGGUUCUUGCCGCGCAUGCACACGUAGCCUCGGAAGCUCCUAGGGUGUGGGAGAUUGAAGACGUGGUUUCAGCGAUUGCAGGAGGCGCGUCUUUCACCAGCUCCGCGCUGCCCUCCGCCCUCCUAACGCCCGUCCAGCUCCCCCCUGUGCAAGCCCCGCCUCCCCCCUCCCCACUCCCCGCUCCCGUCUCCCCCCUUCCCGCCGCGGCUAUCGCGACUGUCCUUCCCGACACCGCGGCCUCGCCGCUGCAAGGGAGCGUGGCGGUGGGUGUGACAGUAGCGGGGGACGUGGAGGUGUGCGUUGGCGGUAAGUGCAAGAAGAACGGGGCGGGUGAGAUCCUGUCGGCGUUCCAGGAGCAGGCAGCGGGAACGGGCGUACAUGUGGAGGCGUGUAAAUGCAUGGGCAAGUGCAAGGCGGCGCCAAACGUGAGAGUGUGGCGGGAUGACGUGGACGAGCCUCGGAUGGAGAGUUAUUUGGCAGUAGAAGAUGUGGGCGUGCUGAUGCAGAGGCACUUCGGCCUGCAGCCUGCUCCCGUGCCUGCUGCUGGAGCUGGAGUUAUGUGA